UUUGUCGCUGGUGGACGCGGUUCGGUGGGCCUUCUGCUUAUUUAUUUGAAUUCGUCUUCAUUUUAUUCAAUUCGAGUUGAGUGUUGGUGAUAUUUAACCGCCCAAAGUGUCAAUAAAAAUCAUAGCGAUUGACAAAUUUCCAGGAUACGGAUACAAUGCGCUAUUUAUAAUUGCUGUCUUGGAGGAAGACCACGGAAUGGAGUCCAGCAGCAGUAGCGGUGCCGUCGUGGAGAUGGAGUCCUCCAGUUCCGGUGAUCACGGCCAGCCCACCCAGAUCACCUCCAUCGAUGGCUUCUUCAAUCGGAAACGAGGUCGUCCGCCAAAGAAUCGCUUUGUGGAGGUCUACAAGAGCGCCCAGCACUCGCCGCAGGCCAUCUUCACCAGUUUCAAACUGGAGAGGAGUGAUCACCACUCGGUUCAGGGGACACCUGUUCCCAGUGGCUCCCAUGUGGAUAAUGCCGAGGAUCGCUUGUCUCUGGCGGAUCACGACGGAUCAGCCACUGAUCUCAGAGCUAGUCGGAACCGGAAGCGGGGUCGUGUGUGGGCCCCAUCAUCAAUUCCCCCAUCGAUCCCAUCAUCGGAGCAGUCGAGCAAGAGGAGUUGCAUCCAUGUGCCCCACUUGGCAGCGAGGAGUGAGACCCAGUCUCGGAGUAGCCGCAAUGAGUCUUUAGCCCAGCCCUCUUUACAGCCUUUAGAACCUACAGAAACAGGAACAUCGAAGAAUCUAUCGAGCAGAGCUCUGGAUAAAGUUUCAGUUGUUCGUGCGGCGGGAACUUUUUAUCCGGAGAAUGCGAGUUCAGCUUCGCAUCGGGAAGCGCCAGAGGCAGCUGGCUCGAGGUUCCUCAGUCGCCAGGAGUCGGCGGACUUGGAGGUGGACCAGCCGGAGGAUCUGAGCAUGCGUCCAUCCCUUCCAGAGGCAACUGCCACUGCGUCGGAAGUGGCACCAGCUUUAAAUAUGAAUCUGCUGCAGUUCAAGCAACUGAUCGAUUUGUACCAGCGACAGGUGUUAUUGCCCAGUUUCCUGGCCGCCGCCACUCAACCUAUGGCUUUACCAGGAUCAGGAUCGGGAUCGGGAACAGGAUCCAUAUCCGGACCACUACUCGAUAUGCGAAUUUUGCUGGAGAAUGCCGCCCAUCAAAAGUUGCUACUCCUCAAUGCAGCUGCAAAUGCAACGGCAUCAGUUGUGGCAACUUCUACAGUGGACUCUGGACAGCGGAAUACGGUGAAGAGGAUCCGGGAUCACGACAUUCCCACUGGCUACCUGAAGUUCCGCUUCAACGAGGAUUGCGGCUUCGAAAGGUGCGGCUAUCGGAACCAUCAGUCGCACUUCCAUUGCAACCGGCGAGAUUGCCACUACAGUUUCUGCGACAAAACGCGGUUCGUGCAACAUACGGCUCGCCACGAACGGAUGGACACGCUGAUGGGCGACGACUUCCACCAGUUCCGGGCCAACAUGCAGUGCGGGGUCGCCAACUGCUCGUACUCCGCUUCAGGAGGAGGAGCCACGGAGUCCACCCACCUAAAUAGGAACGAUGCAACAGAGACGGGCUUAAGUGGGGCAGCCUCCAGGAAGACGUCCCACUUCCACUGCCGCAAGUGCGACUACGUGUGCACGGACUCCAACAAGGUGGUGGCCCACCGGCGAUUGCACCUCCGCCAGGAUUACGUCCGGAGUGCCGGAUUCCGCAAGGUGGGCGGAAACGAGCCGUGCGAUUCACCAGGUUGCUCAUACGCCCUGCGGCACACCCACUACCACUGCGUCACCUGCGACGGAGGAGUCCUUUCGCGGGCCCAACUCGCGGCCCACAAACACCGGACACUGCUUCCCAAACAGGAUGCGGAUACCACUCCCACUCCCUAGCGAAAACUAUAACAAAUACCCAGACACAAGAAAGUCCGUCAUAUAAAA